AUGAAUGCCAACGAACGCGCGUUGGUCCAGAAGAGAGAGCUCCCGCUCUUGAUCACCAAAGAGCUCUGCGCAGGCCGAACUUACAUCGUCACUGGUUCCAACAUUGGCCUUGGGCUGGAAGCUGCUCGCCAUCUAGUGGGCAUUGGAGCCGCAAAGGUCAUCAUGGCAGUGCGCAAUCUGGAAGCCGGCGAGGAGGCUAAAAAGGACAUUGAGGAGUCUACCGGAAUCAAGGGCGUUGCUGAGGUCUGGCAUCUGGAUCUUUCCAGCUAUGCCUCUGUUCGCGCAUUUGCAUCCAAGGCCAUUGAGACACUUGAGCGCAUCGAGGCUGUCAUUGAAAACGCGGCUGUUGCCAGCGCGGUUGGGCAGGCAGAAGGCCGCCACAUAGCAUUGACGGUUAAUGUCACCAGCACCUUGCUUUUGGCCAUUCUCCUACUCCCAAAACUACGCUCGGAUGCGGCCAAGUUUGGAUACACUCCGCGCAUAAGCAUUGUUAGCAGUGGCACCGGCCUUGAUCUAGGAGAAUACUGGGCGAAGAUCUCCGAAGAUCCGAUGGUAAACAUGGACGCAGAUGAUGCUUUGGGAAUGAGCAGCUAUCCUGCAUCGAAGAUGAUGGAGAUAUUGGCAGUCCGGGAGAUUGCAAAGCUACUUCCGGUUGCUCGCGGCGGAGUCAUCAUCAACUCAAUCAACCCCGGCCUGUGUGUGACUAACCUCUCACGAAAUGCACCACAAGAAUUGAAAGAUCGCCUAAAGGACAUGUGGGCACAGAGUGGUCGAACCGCCGAAUGCGGUAGUCGGACCCUUCUAGCCGCAGCCGUUGGAGGCAAGGAUAGCCACGGUUCCUAUAUGGAUGACUGCCAAGCCUGGGAUAGCAUUGCUAGAGAGCUUGAGAAAAUUGUGCCAGGUUCUGUUUCAAAGGCUCUCGAGUAA